GUGCUGGGAUUACAGGCGUGAGCCACCACGCCCGGCCUUGUUUAUUUUUUAAUAGUAUAUAUUACCUAUAAACUUCAGUUACUUUGCAUUGUAGGGAAAGGUAUCUUGAAUUUAAAAUGUUUUCUUAUAUUAAAAAUAUGAAUAUUCAUUGCCAUAAAAGCAGACAAUAUCUAUUAAUAACAUUAUUCCAACGUAUUCACAACAUACUCAGACUUGGACUUACGUCUUAUUUGUGUUUUAUUUUGACACUUACUGAACUCAUUUUUUAAAUUUCAUAAAAUAAAUUACUGCUGUUAAAAAAUUAUAAUAAAAGGCAUCCCAGAUGCAUUCUCUUAAAACAUUAGAACAAUGAUCUUAAAGUUAGAAGCCAUUGAUUUAGAUUUUGUUUAUAAUCCUUUGUUGUAGUAAUGGUAAGGAAGCUUUAGCCCAGCAUUGCACUUUUAUAGGUGUAAUGAAACAUAUCUCUGCUUUACAGGACGAGGAAGUGAACAUUGGAAUGUGUGUGAAUAAAGAGGGAUUUUUUUCCAUAUGCUGGAAAUGGCAUUACGUCUUAUUUGUGUUUUAUUUUGACAAUUACUGAACUCAUUUUUUAAAAUUUCAUAAAAUAAAUUGCUGCUGUUAAAAAAUUACAAUAAAAGGCAUCCCAGAUGCAUUCUUUUAAAACAUUAGAACAAUGAUCUUAAAGUUAGAAGCAUUGAUUUAGAUUUUGUUUAUAAUCCUUUUUUGUAGUAAUGGUAAGGAAGCUUUAGCCCAGCAUUGCACUUUUAUAGCUGUAAUGAAACACAUCUCUGCUUUACAGGAUGGGGAAGUGAACAUUGGAAUGUGUGUGAAUAAAGAGGGAUUUUUUUCCGUAUGCUGGAAAUGGCAUUCCCAGUUUGCCUAAUAGACAACCCACACCAUCAUUUUUCCCACUUUCUCCCCGCCCAUAACUUUAUGAAUGAGAUCCUUCUUGUCUAGUAAAUGAUGAAAUCUUUUCCCACAGUAGAAGGGGAUUUCCCAUGCAUAGACUGAGAAUUAGAAACAACUGCUCUGUAUCCUGUAUGCAGAUAACAUUGUUAUUGUAUUGUAAAAAACUUAUGUAUGUCUGUGUUCAUUUGUACAUAUGUCGUUCUGUUAUUCUUACUAUUUCACAUUUAAACAGUUAGAAGACUUUUACCAAAUUUAGAAGGUGUAUUAGGGAGGUCUAUAUUUAUAUCUAUCUCUCAAUUUGGAUAAUGUUUAAUGUACAAAAUUCACUUUUGAGAUCUCUGGGAAAAUCUAAAAAAAUGAACAAUCAUACCUUAAGUCAGCUGUAACUUAGAGAGUUGGAGGCAAGUAUAAAUAAUAUUAAUAGAAUUACUCCAUAUGUGUUAUAAUUCCAUGGAAUAAGAAAAUAAAUCAUAAUUCUAAACAUGAGUCCCAGAUAGAAGGUUAGGGCAUUUACUCCACAUUUUAGGUGCUAAUUGACAAUCUAGAAAAUUCUUGUAUAUGCAAGUCAUUGUGGUAUGCUCAUAUAUUUAUUUAUCAGAGGGUUAUUAUUCAAAUAUUUAAUAAUUAUGAUGUCAUCAAUCAAAUCAGAUAGAUGAGAUUGUAUGUGUGUUUGUAAAGAUGAAUUUCAUUCUCUUUACAAACGAUAAGUGUUCUGCAAGAUCCACCUUCUACUCAACAAAUUCAAGCGUUUGUAUUAAUUUGUCUUUUGGAAAUUUCUUACAUUAACUUUCCUGUUAUCGAUGUUAGGUCUGGAUUUCUAAAUUGUAAUGGGUUACUAAAGUCUGAGAAAGCAUUUUAUCUCCAGAUGUGCCCUACUACUGGUAUGAUUUAUAUUCUGCAUUUUAAUUAAUAAAGAUGUUCUAUAUGUAAGUGCAUGCCUGACUGCGUUCCUCAAAUAGUAAGUGAUCAUUUUAGAUUCACACUUUGGAAUGAGGGUUGUGGCAAGGGGCAAGGAAACCCCAAGAAAUCAGUAACAGGCAAACAUAAAGAGAGGUAGGUCUGGGUGUUGCUUUUCACAGAGAAUAACACAAGUAGUCGCUAAUCUGAGACUCUUAGCCAACUGGGAUAUAAAGAGGAAGGAGUAGAUUGAAAGCAUAAAGUCUAUUGUCUUAGUCAAAUGAUUAAGGGCAAUUGUCUUUAGAUUUGGCCAAAAUUUCAUAGGUAAAGAAGUGCAUGAUAACAGGCUUUUUAGAAAGGGUUAGGUGAAAAUACAGUAAGAAUAAAAUGAAAACUAAUGCCUCAUUAAGUUGACCAUACCCUAAAUACAGAUGAUGACUAGCUUUAAUUUUUUCUAGUUCUCUGUAAUAUACAGAAGUGGGAACCCAGCAGAAGAUAUUAUUAGUCAGAAAGAUGCAUCUGCUUCUCACCGCAUUACAAAGCCCAUAUACAACCCCUGGAUAGAAAACUAACACCUCAAUAAUGGGUUCGCUUUAAAAGUCUGGGAGUCAACAGUGCUUACUUCAAACACGGCAUGGGAUGAGCUGAAUGGAAAGAAGUUCUCCUCCUGGGAGAGUUAAUAUUCUCCUAUUUUGCUCCCUAAGAAUAUGGUUAGUUGUACACAGACACAAGAUUCUAUGGAAAACCUGAGACUGACUAAAAGUCAUGAUUGACUCAAGAGGUGCUAGCAUUCAUAUACCACCCAUUGGAAAUUCAUCAAUGAAUAAAACAUGCAGGCUGUGUCUCUGAGAUUCCCACAGCCAAGUGGCGUAUAUUACAUGAAAACUAAAUAUUUGUAGUGUGACAUGACAUCCUCUAAUAGAGAUGAGUAGCUGUGCUAUGGGAGCUAAAAGCAGCAACAGCUAAUUUCAGUUUGGGAAUUAUGAAAGUUUGAACUGAAUCACAAAAGAACAACGAGGAUCUAUGUACCUGGUAGACAGGAAGUCAUAUAGAGGUUCUAGACAGACGAUUGAGCCCACAAAUACACAUGGAGAGAUGAAAGGAUGUGGCACAUUGCUGGUGUUUUCAGGGAAGAAAGCAGAACGUCUGUGGGCAAGCAGUGGGGGCUAAAGAUAGAUAAGAACCUUAAGAAACUUUCUAAAGAGUUUGGAAUUUAUCUUCUAAGUAAUAGUGGACCAUUAAAGGAUUUUUAAAGAGGAUAUAAUAUAAUUAACUUGAAUUUUAGGAAAAAACUGUUGGUAAAAUAGAUUUCUUGCUGUUUUCAGUAAACGGGCAAUGUCAGAGGCAGAGCCCGAUGAAACCACUUCGUGAUACAUGAUAAAGUCACAGCAAUCAUGAGAUUGUUUUCUAAGAGCAUCUUAUUUAGUCAAAACUCUAAAGACAAAGAAACACAAAAUACCUGGCAAUAAUUUUGGUAAAGGAAAAGAAGAAAAUGAAAUGCAAACCAAGAAAAAGUAAUGCUUCAAUAAACUUUCCUACCAGGAUACUUGUAUAUAAAAAUACGUCAUAUGGAAAAUACAACAUCAACGAUUAGUAAUAAAAAAUACAUAGUAGUAAUAUUUAAUUUUUUUUCAUUUAGGGCUUCCUUAAGCCUUUAUUAUUUUUGUUCCAUGGUAAUAACUAUACAGAACAUUGCCAACCAGAAAUUGGUACUGAGUUCUCAAAAUAGAUUUAGCUCUCAACCAAGAAAUAAUAGUGAGAUACAAAUUAAUUUACAAUAACUGAAUUUACUGAAAUUAGGUUUAAUUUGUUCUUGAAAUUUUCACUCAUAGGCAUCGUAAUUUAUGUCUAGGAAGUGCUGAUGCAAGACUCUUUUGUAAAUUAGAUGACACAUCUAAUGACAUGUAAGACACUGGGAGGUGGCUAAAAUUUAAACAUGUCUUAAACUUUAAGAAUGACUCAGGAAAUACUGACAAAAUCUCCUGCAGGGAUAUAUAGUCCCAUACUUGACUUCCCUGACUAGUGAGAACAUCUGGGCUCCUAGCACAUUGACCUGUACAUGGAUCUAGCGGACACGACCUAUUGACUUUUUCUUCAUCUCCUUGGAUCAUGAUGUGGAAGAUAAUACGUCUGAGUGUUUUUCUCUUUCAUCUGUCUCUUUCUCUGUCACCAAACGUGCAGUAUGUUCUGCUGAUUCCUUCUGUUCUACAAGAAGGCUCUUUGGAUAAAGCUUGUGUCCAGCUUUUUAAUCUCACGGAAUCUGUUGUUUUGACGGUCUCCCUCAACUAUGGUGAGGUCCAGAUCAAAAUGUUUGAAGAAAAUGUUACUGGAGAAAAUUUCUUCAAAUGCAUCAGCUUUGAGGUCCCUCAGGCCAGAUCUGACCCACUGGCAUUUAUUACAUUUUCUGCGAAAGGAGCCACUCUCAACCUGGAAGAGAGGAGAUCUGUGGCAAUCAGGUCCAGAGAGAACGUGGUCUUCGUACAAACUGAUAAACCCAUCUACAAACCUGGACAGAAAGUGAUGUUUCGAGUUGUGUCUCUGGAUGAUCAUUUGAAACCACUUGAUGAAAUGUAUCCAGUGAUCACCCUUCAGGAUCCAGAAGGCAACCGAAUACAACAGUGGGUGAAUGAGGAGUCUGUGGGAGGAAUUCUACAACUUUCCUUCCAGUUAAUCUCAGAGCCCAUCCUCGGAUGGUAUAGAAUCACCGUGGAGAUGCUCAAUGAAAAGAAAACGUAUCACUCCUUCUCUGUGGAAGAAUAUGUGUUACCCAAAUUUCAAAUGACUGUGGAUGCACCAGGAAAUAUCUUAGUAGUGGACUCUGAAUUCAAAGUGAAUGUCUGUGCCUUAUAUACCUAUGGUGAACCUGUGGACGGGAAGGUCCAACUUAGUGUGUGCAGAGAAUCUACUGCUUAUCAUUCAUGUGGUCGUCCUAUCAGUUCACUCUGUAAAAAUUUUACCAUUCAGCUAGGGAAAGAUGGCUGUGUCUCCAAGUUUAUUAACACAGAAGCUUUUGACUUAAAUCGGGAAGGAUACUGGAGUUUCCUCGAAGUGCACGCUCUUGUUACAGAAGAUGGAACAGGUGUACAGCUUACAGGCUCCAAGUACGUAUACAUCGACUCAUCAGUGGUGAAGAUUAGUUUUGAGAAUAUGGAUAUGUCCUACAAACAGGGACUCCCUUAUUUUGGUCAGAUUAAAUUGCUUAAUCCAGACAACUCUCCAAUCCCAAAUGAAGUUGUCCAGUUGCAUCUGAAGGACAAAGUUGUGGGCAACUACACCACAGAUGUAAAUGGCAUCGCUCAGUUUUUCUUGGACACAUCUACGUUUACAUACCCAAAUAUCACUUUGAAAGCAGCCUAUAAGGCCAAUGAAAAUUGCGAGGCUCAUGGCUGGGUGUUGCCUCAAUACCCUCAGCCCGAGUACUUUGCAUACCGAUUUUACUCCAAGACUAACAGCUUCCUAAAGAUUGUCCAAGAGAUGGAAGAACUGAGAUGCAACCAGCAGAAGAGGGUGCUAGUGCACUACAUUCUCAAUAUGGAAGACUUUGAAGACAAAACCUACACAGCAAACUUCAAUUAUUUGGUGAUUUCAAAAGGUGUAAUCGUUCUUCAUGGGCAACAGAAAAUUGAGAUCAAUGAAAAUGGGAGGAAGGGCAUAUUUUCCAUUUCUAUAGACGUUAGCCCUGAGUUAGCACCCUCAGUAGAUAUGCUUGUCUAUAGCUUGCAUCCUGGAGGAGAAAUGGUCACUGACAGCACCCAGUUCCAAAUUGAGAAAUGCUUCAAACAUCAGGUCAACUUAAAUUUUUCUAAAGAAAAAAGUUUACCAGGAUCCAAUGUCAAUCUUCAAGUCUCGGCUGCUUCAAACUCUCUUUGUGCUCUUUGGGCUGUAGACCAGAGUGUACUGCUGCUAAGGAGUUAUGGUCAGCUGUCAGCACAAAGUGUGUAUAGUCAGCUAUAUUCCAGGGAACUACAUGGCUAUUAUUUCAGAGGACUUAACUUAGAAGAUGGCCUUAAAGUGCCAUGUCUUAAAGAUGAACAUAUCCUUUACAAUGGAAUUUAUUAUACACCUGCAUGGGCUGACUUUGGAAAAGAUGCCUAUGACCUUGUGAAGGCAAUGGGAUUAAAGAUUUUUACCAACUCUCACCUCCGGAAACCAGUAUUGUGCAAGGACUCUAACCAUCUUGACUAUACUGAUUACGUAUCCUUAGAGGCUUAUGCAGGUUCAGACCUCAAGAGUAAAUUUCAUAGUGAAACUCUGAGAGAAUCAUUUCCUGAAACUUGGGUUUGGAAUCUUAUUACAACUGACUCCUCAGGUGCAGCCAACCUUAGGCUUACUGUUCCGGAUACAAUUACACAAUGGAAGGCCAGUGGAUUCUGCAUGAAUGACAAAGCUGGAUUUGGCCUCUCCCCAACUGUCUCCAUGACAGCUUUUCAGCCCUUCUUUGUGGAUCUCACUCUGCCCUAUUCGGUGGUUCGAGGAGAAGCAUUCACUCUGAAGGCCAAUGUCUUCAACUAUCUGAAGAGCUGUAUUCAGGUUAAUACUGUACUGAAAGCAUCUAGUGUUUACCAAGCCAGACUUCUCUCAACUGAACAUGAAAAUAUUUGUAUAUGUGGCAAUGAGAAAAAAUCCUUUACUUGGCUGGUUACCCCCCAAACACUGGGUACAGUCAACCUCACUGUCACUGCUGAAACCCUGCAAAAUAGUGGCUGCAGGAAUGGGUCAUCUACAGCUCCAGACAUUGGCUGGAGGGAUACACUGAUCAAACCCUUGCUGGUAGAGCCUGAAGGUAUUGAAAAGGAGAUGACACAGGGCUCACUUAUUUGUACAAAUGGAUCCACAGUAUCUCAACCAGUAGUGCUAACUUUACCAGAUAAUCUUGUAAAAGAUUCACCUAGAGCUUAUUGGUCUGUCCUUGGAGACAUUCUCGGUUCUGCCAUGCAAAACUUACAGAAUCUUCUUCACCUGCCUUUUGGUUGUGGAGAGCAGAAUAUGGCCCUAUUCACUCCCAAUAUUUACAUCUUGGACUAUCUGAGUCAGACUCAACAACUGACCGAAGAGAUCAAAUCCAAGAUUAUUGGAUACCUGACCACAGGUUAUCAGAGGCAGCUGUCUUAUAAACACUUCGAUGGAUCAUAUAGUACCUUUGGACAUAAAGAUGAACAUGGACACACAUGGCUCACUGCAUUUGUUUACAAGUCAUUUGCACAGGCUAAACGUUACAUUUAUAUCGAUGACAAAGUUCAAUCCCAAACGCUUAUUUGGCUCUUAAAUAUUCAGAAACCAGAUGGCUGCUUCCUAAAUUUUGGCAAAGUCUUCAACAAUGCUUUGAAGGGAAAAGAAGAUAAUGAAAUCUCUCUAACUGCAUAUGUUAUCGGUGCUCUGCUUGAAGCUGACCACCCGGUCUCGUUUAUGGCUAUUCAAAAGGGUCUCCAGUGCUUAGAGACUGUAUCUAGGGAAAGAGCUAUGACUACUUAUGAGCAGGCCCUCCUAGCCUACACUUACAGUUUAGUAGGCUAUGAAGACAAAAGGGAAUUCUUCUUCAAUGAGCUGAACAAAAAAGCAAAAAGAGUAGGUGGCUCCGUGUACUGGGAACUGGAAGAGAGGUUUUCUAUGGAAGGAUCGUCAUCUUUCUACUACCCUCAGGCUUCCUCCGCAGAUAUAGAGAUGACCUGUUAUGGGCUAUUGGCUCUUCUUUUCAAGCCACAGCUGACUUCAGAAGAACUGUCCUAUGCAUCUCAGAUUGUACAUUGGGUGGCAAAGCAGCAAAAUUCCCGUGGAGGUUUCUUCUCCACAAAGGAUACCAUUGUGGCCCUCCAAGCCCUGACACUAUUCCAGAGGCUCACUUUCUCUAAGAAUAGACAAAAUUCAGUGCAAAUUUUCUCUGACCAAGGAUUCAAUACAGCCUUCCAAGUGAAUGAUAAGAACCGUUUGUUGCUACAACAAAUUCCAUUGCCAACAACUAAGGGAAAGUAUAUGGUGGAAGUGAAUGGCAAUGGCUGUGUUUAUGUGCAGUCAACUCUGAGAUAUAACAUCCUGCUCCCUAAGAAGUCAUCUGGAUUUUCCCUUUCUGUGAAUACAGCCAAUGCUUUCUGCAGAGGAUUAUUUGAUGCAAAAUUUGACCUUGUUGUUUCAGCCAGGUAACAACUCUUUUUUUUUUUUUUUUUUGGUAAACAUAGAUAUCCCUCUACCUCUAAUUCAGGUAGCCUAGUGUCUUUCUCUGCCUCCAAGUGAAACCACAUUCCAAUUAUUGUAUGUGAAAGACUGGCCUAUCUUUAUCCUCUUGGAAAAUAUAUUUCAUCUUGUUUAAAUUGUCUAAAUUUUAUAAGAUUAUGGUAGGUGCAAAAAUAAAUCUGACUACGAAAAAAUAUGGACCAGGAGGAAGUUGUAAGGGAAAAAAUUUCUAUAAAUUCCUCCUCAAGAGGUACAUUUUCUUAGUUUCUAGUUUG